AUGGAAUGGUACCAAGAUUCGACUAGCUCUUCCAUCCUUCUCAUUCAUCAUUCAAGGCAGGAGUCAAACCGCUUAUGUACGGCAGAAAAGCACUCACUCUUCCACUCGCAGCUUCAAGCUCUUCCAAUAGCUGAAGCCAAGGAAAGAUCGAAGCUAGCCAGCUAUACGACCUCCCUUUCUGACUCCCGGUGUUGGGCUUUCUUGGCUUGGAAAACCAAUGCUGGAGGCUACAACUUCUCCAUUUCAUUGUGCAACUUGCUACACUGCGCUAAAAGGCGUUUUCGGAAAGCAACCCGUCUAAUCGGUAGAGGGAAGAAGCGUCAAAACCUUUAUAGGUGA